GCGCGCACUCAGCCAAACUCGCGGACUGCGGUAGGUCGUGUCACGCGGUGGCGCAACGAUCGCAGCCGUUCCCGCCACGAACGAACACAUUUUCUUUGAAAUUUCGUGCAAUUGCAAAGAAAACAAGUGAACAAAGCGGGACUUUCGGUGACUUGAGAGUGCUUUGUGAUUGUUUUUUAUACAUGCAUCGACUCAAUUUUUUAUCGAUAUUUUCAAAUUUCGGUAGUAAUAGAGCUUCGAGACGUGAUCGCACUAGUGAAACGAAGACUUCAACGUUUCAAGUAGUGAGGAUUGACAGCGCACUGGACCAGUAUAACAGAUAACAUAUCACCGUGGUGCCUGAAGAUAUCGACAUACCUUUACAACACAAACCAAUUAGUUUAGGGAAAAGACAAAGAGUAAUGACAAUUAUUCCGUCCUUUAGAUAAUUUUUACUUUUUUAUAAGAAAUAUCAAAUGAACAUAUCUAGAAGUAGACUAAGGAUAUCAGAGAACAUGGCGUUUAGUGUAAGGAAUAGUCUGAGGAUAUUGUGGACGGCGGCGGCCGCGCUGGUCUUCCUGACGAGGAGUAGCGCCGCGCCGACCUUCGGCGACACUGAUAAGGCGAUGAUGUACUUAGCGCAGUACGGCUACCUGAGUCCCUCUGUGAGGAACCCUUCAAGCGGCCACAUUAUGGAUGAGAGCUCGUGGAGGCGAGCCAUCGCUGAGUUCCAGAGCUUCGCUGGCCUUAACGCAACAGGUGAAUUAGACGCGGAAACAGCCAAAGUCAUGUCAUUGCCAAGGUGUGGAGUGCGAGACAAGGUGGGCUUCGGAGAGAGCCGAGCCAAACGAUAUGCACUGCAGGGUUCAAGAUGGCGUGUUAAGAACCUGACUUACAAGAUCUCGAAGUACCCGUCGAAGUUGAACCGCGCGGAGGUGGACGCCGAGCUUGCCAAAGCCUUCUCAGUGUGGUCUGACUACACAGACCUUACCUUCACGCAGAAGAGGUCCGGACAAGUCCACAUCGAAAUCAGGUUCGAGAAGGGAGAACACGGCGACGGCGAUCCCUUCGACGGCCCGGGAGGCACCCUCGCUCACGCUUACUUCCCCGUGUACGGAGGUGACGCUCACUUCGACGACGCUGAGAUGUGGUCCAUCAACUCAAGGCGAGGAACCAAUCUCUUCCAGGUGGCAGCUCACGAGUUCGGUCAUUCGCUAGGGUUGUCCCACAGCGACGUCCGCUCUGCACUCAUGGCUCCAUUUUACAGAGGAUACGACCCUGCCUUCCAGCUAGACCAAGAUGACAUUCAAGGAAUCCAGUCUCUAUACGGUCACAAAACACAAACGGACAUCGGUGGUUCCGUGCCUGUGCCGUCAGUGCCUCGUGCUACUACUCAGCAGCCAUCAGCCGAGGACCCAGCUCUCUGCGGCGACCCCAAGUUUGACACCAUCUUUAACUCUGCUGAUGGAGGCACUUUCAUAUUCAAAGGCGAGCACUACUGGAGGCUGACGGAGGACGGUGUUGCGUCCGGCUACCCCCGUCUAAUCUCCCGCGCCUGGCCCGGCCUGCCCGGCAACAUCGACACUGCCUUCACCUAUAAGAACGGCAAGACUUACUUCUUCAAGGGUUCCAAAUAUUGGAGGUAUAACGGACAGAAGAUGGAUGGCGAUUACCCCAAAGAAAUUAGCGAAGGUUUCACCGGCAUUCCCGACAACCUUGACGCGGCUCUCGUAUGGUCUGGCAACGGCAAGAUUUACUUCUACAAGGGCUCCAAGUUCUGGCGAUUCGACCCAUCACAGCGCCCCCCUGUGAAGGCCACUUACCCUAAACCCCUGUCCAACUGGGAAGGCAUUCCAGACGGCAUUGAUGCAGCUCUCCAAUAUACCAACGGAUAUACAUACUUCUUCAAGGCUGGAUCUUACUGGCGGUUUAACGAUAGAACUUUCAGUGUUGAUUCAGACAACCCAGCGUUCCCUCGCUCGACCGCGUUCUGGUGGCUUGGGUGCAGUAGUGCGCCGCGCGGCACAGUAGGAGGUAACGCGCGUUUGUCGGCGAACGACGAAACCAUCUCGGACGACGACGUCGGAGACAUUCAGUUCGACGCAGGUGUAAAAUCAUCCGCUCCGCGAUCAUUCUUCUGGUUCAGGAAAUAGCCUCGGUGGAGUGUUCCUGAACAUUGUAUAUAGAGAAAUUACAUAAAGAACAAAGACUCAAUUAGUUACAUACAAUAUAAGAAUACCAGUGAGAUUAUAGAACAUAAGCGGUGAUUUUAAUACCGGCGAGCUUGUCGCGCAUUGCCUGUACGUUUUAUUUCAUUUCACCUUUGUAUUAAUGCAUGGUAGAUAGACGCUUGCGGCUUCUGGUGGUGCUGUGUCUGGGGCCAGACGCUUUGUAUAUCAACUAUAACGCUUUGCUUACUCAUUCACUCUCUAUCUAUAUCAUCUUAAGCAAAAAGGUUGUAGACAUAAAAACCGCAUUCUAGCCUUUAAAGAAUUUUUUUCGUUCCACACGUGCGGUUAUUGUCCAUUUACUUGUUUGCUUAAGAAAGGUUGCAUUCAAUUCACCUCGAGACUGAUCUAGUCCUGUUUUCUGGGAUAUAAGGAAACUCUCUCACUCUGGUUGUGGAACUUACCUUGUAGAACGACCUAUACGUUAGUUAGAACACCGGUAUGCACGUGCUCACUGUAUUGGUGAUAGCGUUAUUAGCCAACAGCAGUAUAUUCAUACUGACGUCAUCGGUUCCAGGGGUAACGAAGCGUAAAAUAAACGUAGUUGUGAUGAAAGUUUAAAUAAAAGCAGUCAGCGUUUAUAUUUUUUAUUCGACGAAGAAUUGAACAGCGUAAGAUAAAAUUUGAAAAGUAUAAUGAUCACGUUUGAUGAAUUGAUUUCUAAGCACAAUUGAUACUUAAUUACAACGCUGGCUUGACAGGUGUAUCGCACUAAAAUGUAUAUUUUUUAUUGAAAAUAAUGUUUGCGUAUUACAUGCAAUCAAGUACAAAAGGUUUGCAUGUAGAGUGGUCAUUGCGAUAGACAUAAAUGUCGAUUCCCAUUACUAUAUUAGUUUUGUAACUAACAAAAGCGUGACGCAUGAUAUUGA